AUGCCGCCCCCCACCUCCCCCUCAAUGACCUACGUCUUCUCCCCCGACCAACACGGCCACCUAGUCCCGUGGAUCGCCGCCCUGCACGCCUCCUGCAUGACCAUGGACCGGAUGAUCGGGCCCUUUCUGCCGCCGCUCGAAAACGGGAAGCUUCUGGGGUGGUGGAGGGAGCGUAUAGCCGAGUCGAACCGGGGCACCCGGGUCAUCGUUCUGCUUUUGCCCGAGACUCCUCCCGGUAGCAAACCGGUGGGCAACGACCUGAGAGGGUUGGCGAUGCUCAAGUUGUCCGACACGGAGACGGGUUCGUUCCGGGGGAAGAUUGAUACCCUCCUCGUAAAUCAGAAAUACCGCAGGCAGGGAGGCGCAAAGGCGUUGGUGGAUGCAUUGGAGUAUGAGGCUGCUAGGAGGGGGAGGACUUUGUUGCGCGUAAACACCGAAACAAACUCCGCCGCCGAAGCAGCCUUCAAGAAAUUCGGCUACAUCGAGUUCGGCCAAGUGCCCCAGUUCAGCAAAGCCGUCGGCGUUCCUCAAGGCAGUCUCAAGAAGAGCGAGACGUUUUUCUACAAGGAUCUUCUCUCGCUUUCGCAGCAACCACAAUCGUCUGACUCCAACUCCUCUUCUUCCUCCUCUUAG